UAACAACCCCAAAAAAUUUCAUUUUUAAGGAAAAUAAGACGUCACGUUCCUUCCCACCAACACCAAGUAUAUAGUAUAAAAGGCUUCAAAUACAUCCAACUUUCGUUCCCAUAAAUUUCACAUCUCCAUUCAAUUAACAAAUAGAUUUAUAUCCAUUACAAGUCAGAUUACAACCCCACUUCAUAUAAUAGUCCAUUUUUCAUCAGAUUAUAGAAUACAUCGAAUGAUUCCCUUGGAUUCUCCCUACGCCACAAAAUUAUAACUCCAAUUUUUUGUCAAAAUCAACCUGAACUUCAUAUUAUACUUGUAAAAUUGUAUAAAUUUCAUCUAAAGUUGAGAUUUUGAGCAAUACCCAUAAUUCAAAAUUCAUCAAAAUGGGGAGUUUAGGAGCGAUUUUGAAACACCCAGAUGAAUUUUACCCUCUUUUGAAGUUGAAAAUGGCAGUAAAAGAGGCAGAGAAACAGAUCCCUCCUGAAGCUCACUGGGGUUUUUGUUACUCUAUGCUUCAUAAAGUUUCCAGAAGUUUUGCCCUUGUUAUUCAACAACUUGGCACUGAUCUUCGCAAUGCUGUAUGUAUCUUUUACUUGGUCCUUCGAGCCCUCGACACUGUAGAGGAUGAUACAAGCAUAGAUAACGACGUCAAAUUGCCUAUUCUGAGAAAUUUUCAUCAGCACAUAUAUGAUCGUGACUGGCAUUUUUCUUGUGGUACGAAGCACUACAAAGUUCUGAUGGAUGAGUUUCAUCAUGUCUCAACUGCUUUUCUGGAGCUUGAUAGAGGUUACCAGUUGGCUAUUGAGGAUAUCACCAAAAGGAUGGGUGCAGGAAUGGCAAAAUUUAUCUGCAAGGAGGUAGAAACAGUUAGUGACUAUGAUGAGUAUUGCCACUAUGUAGCAGGACUUGUUGGUUUAGGGUUAUCAAAGCUUUUUCAUAAUGCAGGCUUAGAGGAUCUAGCUUCAGAUGAUCUUUCCAAUUCCAUGGGUUUAUUUCUUCAGAAAAUAAACAUUAUUCGUGAUUACCUUGAAGAUAUAAAUGAGAUUCCAAAAUGUCGUAUGUUUUGGCCUCGAGAAAUUUGGAGCAAAUAUGUCAACAAACUUGAGGACUUAAAGUAUGAGGAGAACUCAGAGAAGGCAGUUCAAUGUUUAAAUGAAAUGGUGACAAAUUCCUUAUUGCAUGUGGAAGAUUGCCUAAAGUACAUGUCUGCUUUAAAGGAUCAUGCUAUAUUCCGGUUCUGUGCUAUACCACAAAUCAUGUCCAUUGGAACCUUAGCUUUAUGCUACAACAACAUUCAAGUGUUCAGAGGUGUGGUGAAAAUGAGACGUGGUCUCACUGCUAUAGUUAUCGAUCAGACGAACACAAUGCCUGAUGUUUAUGGUGCCUUCUACGAUUUCGCUUGUAUGAUGAAACCAAAGGUCGACAAAAAGGAUCCAAAUGCCAUAAAAACACUAAAUAGGAUUGAAGCAAUCCAGAAAAUCUGUAGGGACUCUGGAACUCUUAAUCAAAGGAAAUUGUACGUACGUAACAAGUCAACAUACACUCCAAUCAUGAUGAUGGUGUUCUUCAUUGUAUUGGCAAUCAUUUUGGCUCGCGGCAAAAUCAUUAAUUAUUAAGCAGGGGUACGUUAACGUAAAAGACCAACUUGACUUGUAUGUGAUAUAUAAGCUGGAGCAUGCACCGACGAUUUUGAACAUUUGUAACUGUUAUUUGCAGGUAUGGCUUCUCGUGUCGUAUGUUGUUAUAUCAUCAUAUAUGGGGAUGCUCUACUUUCUCUAGGCGCGAAUCCGUGGCUUGUUUAAUUUGAUUCAUUUGUAAUAUACUAGUAUUUGCUAGUAGGUAUGUAGCUUAUGAAUGUAAUGGCACAUUUCUUCUGUCUUCUGAUCUAUUUGAAGGGUCCAUUUUAUUUAUUGUGUUA